AUGUCCGGUACACAUUUUUUAAUCGGAAUACGUACCGACAAAUAUGUGAUUUUGGCAUCGGAUCGUUCAUGCUUCGCACAUGGAGCGAUUGUUGUUACCGAUGAUGAGGAAAAGAAAUUUACCUUGGGUGAUAAAUUAGUAAUGAUAUGUAUUGGCGAAGAUGGUGAUGUAGCGCAGUUUGGAGAUUGGUGCAAACGAAAUGUUCAACUGUAUAAACUUCGGUACGGUUACGAAAUGAGUCCACGCGCGAGUCAUCAUUGGAUUCGUCGAAGUAUCGCUGAAGCUUUACGGACACAAGAUUAUUAUGCUGUUGAUACACUGAUUGGUGGUUAUGAUAGCACUGAAAACAAAGCCUUUCUUGGUUCUGUUGACUACUUGGGCAAUGAUAUUGCUGAUCAGACAAAACAUAUAGGAAUGGUUAGUUUGUAUGUUACUAAUGUUUUAUUUGAUCACAAAGAUAUGACUGAGGCUGAAGGAAUAGAUUUGCUGAACAAAUGUCUGUAUGAAUCCAAACGUCGUUUUAUCGUUAAUUUACCAUCAUUUGGAGUAAUGGUUAUCGAUAAGAAUGGAAUGCGACAGCUGGAGAACAUCAAAAUUUAA